CCAGGAGGAGGAGGUGUGUAUUAGGAGGAGGAGGUGUGUAUUAGGAGGAGGAGGUGUGUACCAGGAGGAGGAGGUGUGUACCAGGAGGAGGAGGAGGUGUGUUUUCUCCUCACAGCCUCCUGCAGCACUCAGCACUGAGCCUCCCGGACCUGCUCAUGGAUCUACUGUCUGUCAGCACCAGAAGAAGACAAAGUUUGUGGAUUAAAGUUUAAAAAAAAGAAAAGAAAAGAAGUUUUGGACAUGAAGUUUUCUGGAGGAGGAGCCGCGCUGCUGCUGCUGCUGCUUGGCCGCUGCUGCUGCACCACCAUUCCCGGCAGGAGAGUGUGCCAGGGGAUGAGCAACCAGCUGACGUUGUUGGGGACUCGUGAGAACCAUUAUUCCAACAUGGUGAGGAUGUACUCCAACUGCUCCAUCGUCCUGGAGAACCUGGAGAUCACCUACAUCCUGGAGCACCAGGACCUGUCCUUCCUCCAGUCCAUCCAGGAAGUAGGAGGUUACGUCCUCAUCGCCAUGAACGAGGCUACAAACAUCCCGUUGGUGAAUCUGACGCUGAUCCGAGGCCAGAACCUCUACGAAGGCCAGUACGCCCUGCUGGUGAUGUCCAACUACAACAGGAACCACUCGUCUGCUACUCUCAACUACACCGGAGGCUUGAGACAGCUGCAGCUCAGCAGUCUGACAGAGAUUCUGAAAGGAGGCGUAAAAAUGACCCACAAUCCCCUGCUGUGUAACACGGAGACCAUCCAGUGGUGGGACAUCCUGGACAAAGCCAGCAAUCCCAGCAUGCUUUUCAAGACGGACACUUUUCCACGUAACUGUGACAAGUGUGAUCCAGGAUGUGUUAACGGUUCUUGUUGGGCAGCAGGACCAGAUCAGUGUCAGAGAUUUACCAGGUUACAGUGUGCAGAGCAGUGCAGCAGAAGGUGUCGCGGUCCCAGACCCAGCGACUGCUGUAAUGAACACUGUGCUGCCGGCUGCACUGGACCUCGAGCUACCGACUGCCUGGCCUGCAAGGACUUUAAUGAUGAUGGAACGUGUAAAGGUGCUUGUCCUCCUCUGACCAUCUACAACCCCAAAACUUACCACGUGGUGAAGAAUCCCAACGCCAGGUUCACCUACGGAGCCACCUGCGUCAAGGCCUGCCCACAUAACUACGUGGUGACGGGCGGAUCGUGUGUUCGCACCUGCAGCCCUGGAACCUACGAGGUGAAGGAGAACGGACUGCAGCGCUGUAAACCUUGUGAUGGACCCUGUCCUAAAGCCUGUGAUGGAGUUGGGAUCGGUGCUCUUGUUAACACGAUGGCCAUCAACGCCUCCAACAUCGAGUCCUUCAGGAACUGCACUACAAUCAACGGGGACGUCUCCCUCAUAGAGAUCUCCUUCACAGGAGAUGCACACUAUAAGAUACCGCCCAUGGACCCGGCUAAGCUGGAGUACUUCAGGACCGUGAAGGAAAUCACAGGUUUCCUGCUGAUCCAGUCCUGGCCACAGAACCUCACCUCUCUGUCAGUGUUUGAGAACCUGGAAAUCAUCAGAGGAAGAACAACCAAGUCUCACCAUGGUCUGGCGGUGGUGAAGGCGAGGCACCUCCGCUGGCUGGGUCUGCGCUCUCUGAAGGAGGUGAGCGCCGGGAGGGUGAGUGUGAAGGACAACCCUCAACUCUGCUACACCAACCCCAACAAGUGGAGUCGCUUCUUCAGAUCCAGAGAUCAGGUCAUCACCAUAAACAACAACGCUCCCCUGGACGCCUGCGGACAACAGAAUCAAACCUGUGACCCAGAGUGUACAGAGGAGGGCUGCUGGGGUCCGGGUCCCACCAUGUGUGUCUCCUGUCGACACUUUGACCGUAGGGGGCGCUGUGUGGAGCGCUGUAACCUGCUGCAGGGCGAGCCCAGAGAGGUGGAGGUGAAGAGCAGCUGUGUUGAGUGUCACAGCGAGUGUCUGCUGAAGGACGAGGUCCCAACCUGCAGCGGCCCGGGUCCAGACCAGUGUUCCCAGUGCGCCCAUUUUAAAGAUGGCCCCCACUGUGUGCCACGCUGUCCUCAUGGUGUGCUGGGAGACGGAGGCACGCUGAUCUGGAAAUACCCGGAUGUGACGCACCAGUGCCAACCAUGCCACCAGAACUGCACCCAGGGGUGUUCAGGUCCUGGACUGUCUGGAUGCAAAGGCGCUACCAACCACUCUACGAUGGCGGUGGCCGUGGUAGGCGGGCUCCUGGUCGCUGUCAUCCUGUCGCUGGUCAUCUUUGUGUUGCUACGGCGACGACGAAUCAGGAGGAAGAGGACUCUACGCCGCCUGCUGCAGGAGAGAGAGCUGGUGGAGCCGCUCACCCCCAGCGGUGAAGCUCCUAACCAGGCGCUGCUGAGGAUCCUGAAGGAGACAGAGUUUAAGAAGAUCCGGGUUCUUGGUUCUGGAGCCUUCGGGACCGUUUUCAAGGGUCUGUGGAUCCCUGAUGGAGAAAACGUGAAGAUCCCAGUAGCCAUCAAAGUUCUCAGAGAGGCGACGUCACAGAAAGCCAACCAGGAAAUCCUCGAUGAGGCCUAUGUGAUGGCGAGCGUGGAUCACCCUCAUGUGUGCCGUCUGCUGGGGAUCUGCUUGACGUCGUCGGUCCAGCUGGUGACUCAGCUGAUGCCGUACGGCUGCUUGCUGGACUACGUCCGUCACCAUAGCGACCACGUCGGAGCCCAGUGGCUGCUCAACUGGUGCGUCCAGAUCGCUAAGGGCAUGAACUACCUGGAGGAGCGUCAUCUGGUGCAUCGAGACCUGGCAGCGAGGAACGUUCUGGUCAAAUCUCCGAACCACGUGAAGAUCACCGACUUCGGCCUCGCCAAGCUGCUGACGGCCAACGAGAAGGAAUACCACGCCGACGGAGGAAAGGUUCCCAUAAAGUGGAUGGCGUUGGAGUCGAUCCUGCAGUGGACUUACACACAUCAGAGUGACGUCUGGAGUUACGGUGUGACGGUGUGGGAGCUGAUGACGUUCGGUUUAAAGCCGUACGAUGGAAUCCCAGCCAGCGAGAUCUCAUCGGUGCUGGAGAGAGGAGACCGACUUCCUCAGCCCCCCAUCUGCACCAUCGACGUCUACAUGAUCAUGGUCAAAUGUUGGAUGAUCGAUCCGUCCAGUCGACCCAAAUUCAGAGAGCUGAUAGUGGAAUUCUCUAAAAUGGCCAGAGACCCUUCUAGAUACCUGGUCAUACAGGGCGACCUCCCCAGUCCGACAGACAGCAGGUUUUACUCUCGUCUUCUGAGCUCUGACGACAUGGACGACGUGGUCGACGCUGACGAAUACCUGCUGCCUUACAAGGGACUGGGUAACCAUGACAACCGUGCCUGCGGCGCCGCGAACGGUCAUCCAGUCAGAGAGAACAGCGUUGUGAUGCGUUACAUCACCGAUCCGACUCAGACCAUGCUGGAUAAAGGAGACAUCACCAGCCACGAGUACAUGAACCAGAGUAUGAGUGAAACCAGUCAGAGCAGCCGGCUGUCGGAGGUUUUGAAUCCUAACUAUGAGGACCUGAGCCUGGGUUGGGGCGCCGCCUCGCUCCUCCACCCGCUGGAGGAUGUAAAGUACUCCACCCAACUUCCUGGAGGACCUGAAUACCUGAACACUGCCCAAAACUCGCUCCCCCUGGCUGCCAGCGACAGCCUCGACAACCCGGACUACCAGGCUGACUUCCUGCCCCAGGCCGCACCCUCCACCACUUACACCAGGACGGGUCUGUUUCUGCCUGCAGCGGAGAACCUGGAGUACUUGGGUUUGGGUGCUGCGCUGCACGCUCCCGUCCGCUAAACUGUUUAAUUUAAUUUAGCUGCUUUUAAUGUGCAUUUCUCUGGACCGAGCAGCAGAAUCACUUUCACACUGAGAGCAGCUCACAUGACAUUACUGGUGACAAGGAGAGCUGGACUUCAAACCAACAACCUUCUGGUCACAAACCGGAUGUUUCCUUGAACUUUUGACUUGUUGCUCAGUUCCUGCCAGUUUACCAGUGAGCCCAUUUAACCCUCUCAGUCCAGAUCUGCUGCAGGAUGAUCUGAGACUUUAUGGACAUUAUGGAUUCUUCUGCAAUAAUUUAACUUAAGAUUUAAUGUAAUUUUUAAUUCCUUGUCCACUUCAGGCUUCCUCUGCACCCCCCCCCCCCCCGUUAGUGUGAUCGCUGUGGAAGUGAGAUGCGGACUUCACUGUUGAAAAUACAAAACAUUUGACAUAUUUAAAUGUGCACAGAGGUUUGAAAAAGCUCCUGAAUUAAUUAUUUUACAUGUGAUCCUCUUCUCCAUCAGGUAUCAAAAGGCACAAUGGCGCCCCCAGCUGGCUCUGCAGUGCACUACAGGCUGGAGGAUGAAACUAUCAUUUAUAAUGUGAAACUUCUCUCAUUUAAAAAAGAAUCUGUAAAGCAGGGGUGUCAAACAUGCGGCCCGUGGGCCAGGUUCGG